AUGAAGGGCUGGCUUUAUACCUCUGUUCUGGGCAUGUCCCUUUGGGCAGCAAGCGCCCUUGAGGUUAAGAUGGAUCAGACAGACGAGAACAGACAGCGGUGUUCUGGCAUGUACAGCCGUACUGCUUGGGGCGGCCCUGUCGAUCCGUACAUCAACGUAAUGUUUCUCCCUAAGCAAGCACCUGCAGACCAAGAUCCCACCGUGAGCCUAGUCAUCUUCGAAUGGAAGGAUGAGGAUCUUAUUGGUGUCCGCGAGAGUCCUGAUUCUGAACAUAAAAUCGGCAUCUGCCAGGACCAGUUCGUGAAGAAAGGGUUCUGUAACGAGACAGAUAUUGGCAAGUUCAUCAUCGACCCUGAGGCCACCACGAAGUCGAAGAACAUGAUCGAUACAAAGGCUAUCCACUUGAAAGAGCCGCAAGCGACCAAAUACAUGAUUCGCAAAACCGGUUAUUAUUGCGUCCUAACUGAUCGUUUUACCGCGGAGGAAUAUACUGCCGUCGUUGAGUUCCGCAAUGCAUACGGCGAGCUUCCCGCGACGCAGAUUCCCAAGCUUCCAUUUUACGGAGGCAUAACAAUCCUUUAUGCCUUAGUCGCAGUGUUCUGGGGUUUUCUCUAUUAUCAACAUCGUCAUGACAUUUUGCCCGUUCAAAAUUACAUCACGGCCAUCCUCAUAUUUCUGGUCGUCGAGAUGCUGAUGACUUGGGGAUUUUACGAUUAUCUUAACCGCAACGGUGCCAAUAUUGGGUCCAAAGUGCUACUAGUACUUGUUGCAAUCCUUAACGCUGCCCGUAAUUCUUUCUCAUUCUUCCUUCUACUGAUCGUUUGUAUGGGCUACGGAGUUGUCAAGCCGACGCUUGGCCGCACCAUGAUCUGGGUGCGCUGGCUUGCCAUCGCUCACUUUGUAUUUGGCCUUGUAUAUGCGAUUACCAGCUUGUUGAUCACUCCUGAUGCCGCUGGGCCGUUUGUUCUCCUUAUUGUACUCCCACUUGCCGGUACCCUUACUGCCUUUUAUGUGUGGACGUUGAAUUCUCUAAACUUUACGCUCAAAGAUCUACGCGAGCGCAAGCAACACGCCAAGGAGGCCAUGUACAAAAAACUGUGGUGGUGCAUCCUGAUCAGCAUUUUUGUUAUCUUCGGUUUCUUCUUCUUCAACAGCUUCAGUUUUGCCUCUGUCAACGACCCUGACUACGUUCCUUUCCAUUGGAAAUCUCGUUGGUUUGUUCUUGACGGUUGGUUGAACCUGGUCUACUUUGCCGACGUGGCUUGGAUCGCCUAUGUGUGGAGGCCUACUGCCAAUAAUAGACGCUUCGCCAUGAGUGAUGAGAUUGCUCAGGACGAUGAUGGAACGUUCACAAUGGCGGAUAUCGGUGCACCUGACGAUUCAGAUGAUGAUGAGGAGGCUCAAUUAGGCAAGGGAACGACAAAUGCACACCCAGCAGUACGUGACACUUCAUCUGGCGCACAAGCGAGCACCAUACCACAACAGCAACCACAACGGCACGUCCCAAGGGAGUCAUUGGAUGGAGAGACCAUAUUUGCAGUAGGCGAAGACGGCGAUAGGUUUUCGGAUGAUUCGGACGAAGAAGACGCUAAGCUUGUACGAUCCAGAAAAUAG